GGCUCAGAAAACAAACUCUCCAGUCCUCAAUCCUGAAUCCUCAAUUCUAAUCUCAAUCUCAAUCUCAACUUUCUCUUUCGUCGUGAAUAAGGUCCAAAAGCACGACUAAAUUAAUUAUUUACUGAAAAACUCGGGCAUUUUCCCAUUGAAAUCAGAAUCUCUAUGGGGUGAUCUUAUACCUUAUUUAAUACUGCUUCUCUCCGUCUUCGCGCGCAUAUGCUUUUGUCGCCGCGUGCAACCUUCAACAGCCGUGUUGUACGCAAAUGAUCGUCAUACUUAUCGACAUGCAUUUGCGCACCUCGUUUCAUUAAUGUUCACAGACAUUUUCGAGCUGUUUUUCAUUGCCUCUAAACCUAAUUUAACCAACCAGAAGCUACUAGGCAUUGUCACUCUAUGGAGAGAAAGAGAAAGCUGCCCGCGAGAGCGGCUGCCAGAGUUGACCAUGUCUCGAAGAAACGAACUGCCACGCCUCCAGAGAGAUCCUUGACUCCCGCGCCAGCGCCAGCCUCAGCGCCCGCAUCAACUCCUGCACCAACUGAAGUCGUUCCCGAAGAGCCGCCAUUACCCAAGUCUAUUCAGGCGGGAAAUCCCUUGCCGACCGUGGAGCAUUCGCAACCCGAAGACCUCUCAAAUAAAGACUACCAAUCCAUCCAAGAAAGUGGCGUACUAGCUGAAUCGCUCUCCAGAUCACGCCAGAAAUGGAUCCACGAAGGCAUUUUUGAAAAGUACUGGAUCAAGCCUACCAAACGAAAAGGUGUCGUUAAGGAAGACCCUAACAAUCCUCCCAAGGAUACUAUGACCAAGAUCGGCCAAGUAUCUAUUAUUGUCGAGCCUCACGUUAUCGAGGCCACCAUGUACGCUGUUAAGGACCCCAAACCAGCGCCUACCACCAACUCUACCUUUCGGCCUGUCAUCCAGUAUGGCCCUCCGAAUGGCGCCAUGCCUCCCCCACCGAAGCCGAGCGCACCAUCUACUCCAAUAGCACCACCUAACUCACCUUCGCCCUCAUACCCGCUAGCUCAGGCGCCACUCCAGCCGCCAUCGGCAGCAAGAGCACCGACAUCAGCCCAGACCCAACAGCCGCAGCAUUCAGACUUGCAGAGACCUCCAUCCUCUACCACCCUCCCUGGCAAGCCGCUAGCUUCCCCUCGUGGCCUAGAAUCUGUCCUUGCAGCUCCUCAGCACCCAUCAACGUUACCUCCCACAACAGGCCCUUCACAACAAACAAUACCACCUCAACAGAAAGUUUCUGCCCAACCAAGUUUGAUUGGGAACCGGCCAUUGCAUGCCCCUAGCCCAACAGUAAAUCCAGCUACCUCCGGACCAGGGAUUACCACCGGGACCAAAGCUCCUACUCCAGCAGCGAAACCAGUAACUCCAGCUGCCCCAGGUGCCGAUCCUAUCAUAGUCACCCUGGCGGAAAAAGCGUCGGAGGAUCCAUUACUUCGGGAACUUAUGAAGCGUGUUGCUGUUGGAGAUGCCCAGCCGCAUGAGCUGACACACUUCCAAAAGAUUAUUGACCAGAUCACUCACGAAUACAAAAAAAAGGGAGGACAGCAUGGCCCUUCAGCAGAUCGGCUCAUAGUGGAUGGAAGGACAGUCAAGUACUUUGCCAACGAAGUUCGAACCUUGCUCGACAUUGUUCUCGUUUCCAAUCCACAACAGAAAUCAAGUGACUUGAAGCCGCCGCCGGGGUGCGACCCCUUGCUUAUACUCCUGCUUAAGAAGGCUUUGGAUGACUCAACCACACGAGACAUUGUCCGAAGAAUAGCUAGUGGCAAGCCAAAAUUUACAGAUACCACUGAUUUGAAAUCAACCCUUGAUUCGCUGAACAUUUUAGCAAAGGAAGCUACCAAGCCUGACCCCCUCCGUGCUUCUCAGAUUCGAUCGACAAAUAAGAUAGAUAGUCCGACUGCGUUGAAUGACGCUGCUACUAGAAAACCGUCGCUUGCCGCACCAGCGCAACCUCACCAUGUACCCACAUCACAACAAGCGUUGCGAUCGAAGGGGCCACCGCCCUCUGUCAAACCUGAUAUUUCGGCUAUUGUGCUUGAAUUUUCUGGUGGCACUGGUGACCGAUACUUGUUUCCCAAGUACAGCAUCCUCGAAUAUGUCAACCCGAACCAGGUUAUUGCUUCAUUUCUUAUCGUGCGCAAGGGAAGCAGACUGGAAUAUGGAGGAGAUCCCGUCUUGGACUACUAUCAGCCUGUGACCGUUCGAUUGCAUGCGCAGUCAGGCAAGCAGCUUGAGAAUUUGGCAAGGGUGGUUGCUCCUCAAGAUGAAGUGCGGCGUUAUAUGGAUGAUGUGAUGGACAACAUGACUCGGGCUGAAUAUGUACUACUCGCAAUGCGUUUGCCGAGAGCGGACAGGGACGACCCGGCCGAAGAUGGCUUCGGCACACCGAAAGCAGAUCUUGCAAGCCAACCCCAGCAGCCCGGAGUAUUAUGGGCUGGCAAAGCAUCCUCCGGAGCCACACCACCUCAGAAAAAUCUGGCAAAGCCGCCAGACGAGGACGAGCAGUACCAGAGCUUCAUAACGUCAGUAACUUAAAGACCUACGACAGACUAGGUAGUGAAGGCUUCCCAGGUAUUGCAUGAAUGAUCUGGAGUUCCUUGGGAUUAGAGGUGGGCCAAGAUGCAGCUCUCUGAAAUUCGAGCGAUGGCUGGAGUGAGGGGUUUGGAGGACGGUUGAACGGACUUGUAAUUCACUACAUUAGAUACCUAACCUGGCGGAACAAGGUGUCCUUGCGCUCCACGAGUCAUCACGAAGCAAAUAAUACGAGGUCAAUCUCAACAUAUGAUAACCACCAUUUCCACUAAUUCUUGGUAAUGCCUAGAUUUGUAGUUGUUCUCU